AUGGCCAAGAUCUUCCUCACAGGUGCGUCCGGGUACAUUGGCGGCGAAGCACUGCACGCCAUCUAUAAUUCCCAUCCAGAGUAUAAUAUUGCAGCUCUGGUGCGGGAUGUAGGAAAGGCUGCACAAAUCACCAAAGCCUAUCCCAACGUCCGCACUAUUUUGGGUGACUUGGGUGAUUCGAGCCUCAUCUCGGAUGAGGUGUCCAAAGCGGACAUUGUCCUAAACUUGGCGGCUACAAGCCACUUGGGAAGCGCGCAGGCUAUUCAACAAGGCCUGACAGCAGGAAGCCGCAAGAGCCCCGGGUACUGGCUGCAAAUGUCCGGUGCAACUCUACUCUCUUGCGAGGAAAUUGCCAACAAACGAUUUGGGGAGCCGUCCGAUAAGGUGUUCAAUGACUUCAAUGGCAUCGAGGAUAUUAGGCAGUGGAUCAAGAAGCAUCCCAGCAGAGCUGUUGACAACGCUGUUCUUAAUGCGUCUGCCAAAACUCCAGGCAUUAAAACCGCCCUUGUUGUCGGGCCAGUCAUCUACGGCCCCGGUAGAGGACCAGUAAAUCAGAGAAGCAUUCAAACCCCUGAGCUGGCCAAGACGAUAAUCCGGCGUGGAAAAGCGUGGCAAGUUGGGAAGGGGCAGAGCGUCUGGGAUAAUGUCCAUGUCCAAGAUCUCGGCGACAUCUUUCUGCGCCUUGUGGAGAGAGCCGCAAAAGGUGACGAUUCGAAGCCUUACUGGAACGAGAAUGGCAUUUACUUUACUGGCACCGGACAACUUCCUUUCUCGGAGCUAUCCAGUCGCGUGGCGCAGGCUGCCAACGAACAGGGUUAUAUCAAAACCCAAGAAGUCGACGCACUUUCACCUGAAGAAGCAGACAAGCUGUUUCCCCAUGCCACUUUCCUCCUCGCUACCAAUGCUCGCUGCGAGGCUUUAAGGGCGCGUGAGCUUCUUGGUUGGAGUCCCUCCCAGAAGAGCUUAGAGGAAGAAAUUCCAGAAACUGUCCGUAGCGAAGGUACCCAGCUGGUCGGCAUCCCAUCCCUUUAG